CAGCCAUUUGGGCCUGUGAAUAAGUCUGUUGGAAUGAGCAAUCACUCAGUGAGUCAAGCCAUCCAGCCUGGGAUUUUACUACCCACACAACCCAUAGGGUCUACAAGUCAAAAAGCAGGACCUGCAGUCAGAUCAGUGGGGCCUGGUACUCCCACUUCUGGCUAUUCAAACAACCUGGGGGUUCUCCAGAACACACCACCAGGAACAAUUUCUGUGGGUGAGCUGGUCUCAUUGGCAGGCCUUCCUGAGGGUCAGAUGACCUCUGCUUCUGUGAUUCCUGCACAGAGUACAGCUUCUGGGGUUCUCCCCACUGGUCAAGCAGUCCAGUCCACAGUUCCCCAUAUAGGUCAGACAGUCUCCUCACAGGUUCUUACCUCUUGUCAGACAAUGUCUGAUAGGGUUUUCCCUACAGGUCAAAUGGUAUCAUCUGCGUUGCUAUCUCCCCAAAUUGUGGUGGUCUCAGAUGUCCUUGUGAACCAGGGUGUGAGCACUGGUAUUCCUCUGCUUGGUCAGCCUAUUAACUCAGGUCCAUCUGUUGGCCCCGGUAUGCUUCAGCUCAGUCAGUCUGUUGGCACCAGAAUCCUGCCGGACAGCCAGUUAGUAAGAGCUGACACUUCACAUAACACCCUGUUCCUCAAGUCAGGCUCUGUUUUCAGGAAGCUGCUUCCAACAGGCUCACAGGUCAAGGGGAAGCCCCUUUACACUCUGGACCCCAUGCCUGUCACUCUGCCUAUUCCUCAGGGAGCUAUUGUCUUGACUGUUUCAUCCCAGGUGUCCACCCUAUUCCUACCCCCCAGUGUGGGUAUGCCAAUUUCCAGUGCUCCAGCCCACUUGUCUUCCUCCCCGGGGCUGGUAAGCAAUGCAGACCAGAACAUAUUUGUUCAGGUCUCCUCACCUGAGGUGGAUAUGAAUCUGGUUGCCACCCAGGUCAAGCAGUGGAAAAUCUGCCCAGUUUGCAAUGUGUACUUCCCAUCCAGUGUCUACCAGGCUCACACAGAAGGGGCUCACAGACAAAGUGAGUUCAACUCCAGUGAGAAACUUGAACCAGUAAAGCUGGCUGUGCGUGCACCGUUUCUGAAGUGGACAAGAGAGAGGCCCAUGCAUUGCCUCUCCUGCAAAUGCCUAGUCUCAGAGGAGGAGCUAAUGUACCACUUACUCACACAUGGCUUGGGGUGCCUGUUUUGCCCAUUUACUUUCCACAGCAUUCAGGGUCUCUUGGAGCACAGCAAAAUUAAACACAUGGGGAGGAAGAAGCUGUUGUUGGAUUAUCUUAACAGGGGCUUCCAGUUGAGCCUAGAUGUUGAUGGCAACCUGUUGUUCCCCCAUCUUGAUUUCAUCAUCACUCUGCCAAGAGAGGAGAUUGGAGAACAGGAGGUCCACCUGGCUAUCCUCUCAAGCACAUAUUCCACAUCACUGGUGCCCUUGUAUGUUAAGAUGUGGUCUCGCGUUAAUGUUGUAACUCAGCUCAGAAAAGGAGAGCUGACCUGCCCCCUCUGUUUGACAACAUUUAUGUUAGCCAAUGCCUACAUGUUACACUUGAAGGAUGGACACCAUAUUAUUCCCAUGGCAAGUACAGUCCUCAGUUCGCCCACCUUUAGGUGUGUCCACUGUGGUGGGAUCUACCCUGGAAGCUUGACUGUGGAGACUAUCACUCUUCAUUUGUUGCAUUGUGCACAUGCACCCAAAGACAGCUCAGACCUGCAAGUUCUGUCAAGUUUUGUGGAGAACAGUGAACUGCAGUUUUCCAGUGAGGAAAACGUUACUGAUUCUACCUGUCCCUUCAAAAGAAAAUGGCCAGAUGGCCAUCAGGGUCCAGAAGACCAGAAGAGGGAUGGGAAAGGUCCCUUGUGUGUACUGGGCAAUGAAGCAUCAGGUCCAGAAGAAGGGACUAGUGCUGUGACUUUGAAGAGACAAAGGAAUGAAAGAGCAACUAAGGAACUUGAGGCCAGUAAUGAUUUACUCCAGGUCCUAGCAUUAGAUCCUACCAAAUGCAAAGACUACUCCUGAGAAAAAAAGCAGUUUCUUAGAGAUUAUUUCCAAAAGAAACCAUAUCCUAGCAGAAAAGAAGUUGAAUUGUUAUCUUUAUUCUUGAAGAUGGAAAAAGUUAUUGUGGCUUUGUUUUUUGUAACAAGAAGAUAUAUUUGCUUGAAGACAAUGGAAGACCAUAGACCCUCAAUACUUCUAGGUUUUGAUAUGUCUGAAGUUAAAAAUGUUAAACACAGACUG